AUGCAUUGGAAAGGCCUGCGACUCGUCGCCGAUGGGAGCUCCAAGCGCCAAAGUACCAUUGAAUCCCAGCCCCAGGGUCGUCGCAGCGAACACCUCCCACGUCCCUUGGCCCCCAUCAACGAACCUAGAUACUCCGAAUCGACCCCUCGUUUCUCGGACUUGGCGGAUUCAGAGGGGAUUCAUGCGGACGAUGGGACGGUGCCACGGCUGCGAGUCCCCAGGGAGAGGGGGCCAGAGGCUGGGGUCGCGCGGGCGGAUUUCGCUGCAGGCCCCUCGACAGGCGAUACCCCUAGCUUGCGGAGGAAUCGAUUCAGCUUCAUGAGACUGCGUCACGCCUCGGAUCCCCAGCUUUCCAAGUCUUACGCAAAGGGAGAGGAAACUCCCCCAGUACCGUCGCUCCCGCCUCCCAAGAUCAUCACCACCGCGCCGACCAGCCACGAACUCGACCAGCCGGUAAAACAGCGACAUAAGCUUAGACUUCUCCCUUCCUCUCGCAAACACUCCAUGGAGGAACUAUCCCGAAACUCAGGAGACUAUCAUCGGAGAUUGGAACGAAAGCACCAGGGAUCAACCGACUCCCAUAUCGCUGACUCGGGUCUCUCAACAUUUCAAACGUCAACCCCGGAGGAGCCGGGGAGACUCUCAACGACAUCAAUACGAAGCGGAGGUCGAGAUCAAGCGUUCAACGAGUCCCAGCGAUCCUCAGUAUCAGUCACAGAUGCGCGGUUCUCAGAGUCAUCUCGAUCAGAUCAGAGCUAUGGAGACCAAAAUUUCCGGACAAACUCUCCUCGCGAUGUCCAAGGCUCAGCCAACAAGCGAUUUCGCAUGCCCCGAUUGAAGCGACACCGCAGCCCCUUGUUCCCACUACCCCCGAAGCUCCCGCCAUCAACAAACAAGUUCCCGCCGGUCGAGACUCCCAGAUCAGAGGGCUCGGAUCAUGAUCAGAUCUCACCACUACCAUCUCCAUCACGGUCCGCCGUCGGCCUGGUCGGUCCCAAUGCACCACCACUACUCCGGAACAACUCGACGAAUUCGAAUCGGUCUAUCCGAUCGAAUCCCUCCCAUAAGGGCCGGGGAGAUCCUCCACGAUGGGAUCUCUCGCUGAGAACCACGUGGACGAUAUCUCGCCGGCUCCCUAUCUGGCAUCAUCUGGACGAACUUCUACUUCCACCAAGCUUCGGCGACAUCUUCAGCAUCUCGCAGCGAUUGAGACAGAAUUCGGAGCCGCCAAACCCUCGCAAUGGUUCCCCGGGAAUAGGUGGCGCAGCGACCCCAAUCAAGGCGGACCUUCCACCAAUCCCUGACCGCGAAGAAGGAGAAACACCAGCUGCGUACCUGACGAAGCUGGAGGAGAAUCUACCUCGCGGCAUGGUUGGAGGUGUUCUGGCUCAGUCUGAUGACGAAUUCUACAAGGUUGGCCUGCGGAAGUACAUGCGAUCCUUCUCGUACUUUGGUGAUCCGAUUGACAUGGCUAUUCGCAAGCUUUUGAUGGAAGUGGAGUUGCCCAAGGAGACCCAGCAAAUCGAUCGAUUCCUGCAAGCAUUCGCCGACCGAUAUCACGAAUGCAAUCCCGGGAUUUUUGCUUCGACGGACCAAGCUUACUUCAUCGCAUUCUCCAUUCUCAUUCUUCACACCGACGUGUUCAACAAGAACAACAAGCGCAAGAUGCAAAAGCCUGAUUAUGUUAAGAAUUGUCGAGGAGAGGGCAUCGCGGAAGACAUUCUCGAAUGCUUCUACGAAAACAUCUCAUAUACGCCCUUUAUUCAUGUUGAGGAUGCAAACCUCCGUGAUCGCCACCUUGCGAAACCCCGGCGGGCCUUGUUCAAAAGCACCAGCUCGGAUCAUCUACAACUAAUGGCAAGAGAACCUGUAGAUCCCUACACCCUUAUCUUGGACAACAAGCUCGGGACUCUCAAGCCUAGUCUGAAGGAGGUGAUGGAUCUUGACGACACUUAUGAUCAUGUUGGAACUAACGGUCCACCUGAUAUCGAUGAUCUCCACCAGGCUUUUACCAAGUCAGGUAUCUUGCAAAUAAUUUCCGCGCGCUCGCGACCCGAUGCAUUCAUGCAGUCAAGCCUCGAUAAUCCAGCCGACUCACACCCAGGUCUCGUUGAUAUCAAGGUAGCCAAGGUGGGCUUGCUUUGGCGGAAGGAUCCCAAAAAGAAGCGGGCACGAUCACCCUGGGCAGAAUGGGGCGCGAUUCUGACCUUUUCCCAACUCUACUUCUUCCGAAACGUGACAUGGGUGCGGACAUUGAUGGCACAACACGACGCAUACGUGAAGAAUGGGCGCAAAGGCACGCUUGUAUUCCGCCCUCCUUUGGCUGAAUUCAAACCAGACGGCAUGAUGUCUACAAAUGAUGCCGUAGCCCUACUGGACAACAGCUACAAGAAGCACAAGCACGCCUUCUCGUUCGUUCGGCACAAUGCUUUGGAAGAAGUCUUCUUGGCCACCUCGGAGCCGGAGAUGAAUGACUGGAUUAACAAACUUAAUUAUGCUGCCGCCUUCCGGACCACCGGGGUUCGCACAAAGGGCAUGAUUACGACAAAUUACGAGGGCCAGCGGUACCGCAAGAGCCAGCGUAUGGGGUCCAUCUCGUCGCUAGGGUCUCACCAGUCCGGGGACAAGGAACCCGAGUCGCCUAGUAUUGACAAUGACAUUGUGGCCGAGUUUGUCGCGGCUCGACGGCGGCUCAUGAGCCAAAAGAUCAGAGACACGAACGAGAAGCUUUUUGUCACUCAAAGGCAGCUGGACGAUCUUCUACGAAACGCCCGGCACUUGCAAGUCUUGACCCCGGUCACUCCCCGCGCUCGCGAGAACGUCAUCAUGGCGGCAGCCCGUAUGGCUGCAAAGCUCAAGUGGAUCCGCCAGGAUAUCUGGCGCAACAAGUGCUACCGUGAGGUUCUUCUUCGGGAUCUUGGAGAGGCAGAAACUGCGACGGAAGAGCGGACAGGGUCUGUAGCCGGACAAACAGUGUCAACUCAGGCUGAUACUGCGCGGGUGGCUUCUGUUUCUGGGCCGUCGAUCGCCUCCGAGCCCAGCGUACGUGGGACACCCAGCAUCGUUCAUGUAGUGACGAACCAGGAUGCACCCACUGAAUCUGCUGUGGUCCCCGCCGAGAAACCUUGGAUUGAUACUGGUCUUUUGAGUGAGCCGUCGACAGAGGAUAUGCGCCGACCCAGUAUACCAACCUCGACCACCUCAUCCGACCUUGGUAGAGUGGGGCGGCCUCUUUCCAUUGCCAUUGUGUCCGAGGGCCGGUCCGACAGUGCUUCACACCUCGAACGGGAAGCCUCGGUGCUCAGCCGUGGUAGUAAGUUUGAUGGUGCUAGUCUUGGAUCCCGGGCAUCCAAAAUCACUUCACCCGUUAGUUUUGACGAUAGUGAGGAGCGUCUUUUGAGAGAGACUGGUCUGCUUGAUCUUGGUGGCUCGCCCCCACCCCGUAAACCUUCCAGUGCCGUGCUAGAAGACGAAACGGAGAGCAAGCCUGACGAGUCGUCUGAAGUCUCGCAGAGUGACAACAGGCCCAGCCGUGUCCGCCGCAGUCUCCACCGCACUCUUCGCGAGCCUCAUCACGUUCACCGACAUCACUCGCGCCAUAAGAAGAAUCGGGAUUCUGUAUCGAGCCUGGCCGGUCCCGAGGACGAUGGAAGUGAGAGCAGUGGACUUCCCCGCAAGACACCCAGUUUCACUGUCCAUGGCAAGAAAGCCUCCAUUGUCACCUUUGGCUCAGAAUGGCAGAAUAUGCCCCCGGAGGAACGUCUCAAGCUGCGCAAGCCAACUCCUCACGAAGAGCCACGCGCUUCGGAUCCCGUUCUUGUUGGUAGCGGCGAGUCGGUGACUUCGGACAAUAUGCCCGCUGAUCGUCGUCACUCGUACAUGAGCGUCAGCACAACCACAGGGCUCAGUCUCCGCAGCGAUGAUGAAACCAUUGAUUUCUUCAAGGAUGCUCAGGAGACGUUGCCCGCAGACUCGCCUAAGCGUCCAAUCUCGCAGGUCCUCGACCAUGAGCCCGAACAAACAUCCCCACCUGAACCAACUGAACCAGAGCCGGAGAAUGAGCCCCCUUCAACAUCUGGCACUGGUAGUGGGUCUAUCACCUAUGGAAGUCACCUCAUCGCACCUGGAGAAACCACCUCACCUUCCUCUACCUCCCUCAGCGAACGAAUCGUCGAUACCCCGUCCUCUGAGAAUCUUCGCCAACAGGCUGUCGGUGCUUGA